AUUUCAUGGUCCUCAAAAAACAACGAUCCAGUAGUUCAUUUUUCUAGCUCAGGAUGAGGCCGACCAGUGGGGAUCUUCCGCCCUUUGCUAUGAAUGCCCUCGAUAUGGGUAAGCGUUCUCGUGGCGCCGCGAUGGGUCUUCUAUUCUAUGACCACAUGAUUACACUGGAUCUUGAGAUCCCCCUUGUGUGGAAGUACAGCAAAAGGCGGCCGGCAUUCUUUCUUUACUUGUUUAACAGAUUCUUCGCUUUCGCCUUCUUGAUAUUUGACACUAUUCCAGUCACGCCUAAUGGCAUUCUAUCUUCACGAGUGUAUGACAACGCAGUCUGCGUCAUUUAUCUCAUGUGUGAUGAUAUUGUAACGUUGCUUACUACCAUGACGGUACAAGUCAUUCUUCAAUUACGGGUGUAUGCCCUCUACAACCGCAGCCGCAAAAUCUUGAUAUUCCUCCUCGCCCUCUGCGCGUUGGAAGUCUCGGCCAUGGCCGUCCUUGUGGGUGUCACGAUCGGACAUCUCGAGCGCUUGCCAGUUUCCUCGACAACCACUGGAUGUUAUUAUAGAGGCAUCCUUGGGUUUUCGGCCCUGUUCUGGGUGCCAGGUUUGAUUUACGAGCCAAUACUCUUUUUCUUGGUGCUCUAUAAGGCGUGGCCUUCCAAACGGAAUGAACCGCAGAUCCCGCUUGUAGUCCGGAUUGCCAGAGACAGCUUGCUGUACUUCGUCUUAGUCUUUGCAGAGCUCCUGAUUAGUACUGUAAUCUGGGCUCGGGCCCCUACCUAUAUCAAUUUAGUCAUGCCAUGGUCUGCUGCGCUGCCGUCUAUCCUGGGUAGCAGGUUGCUCCUAAACAUGCGUGAAAUGGUAUACAAGCAGGGCAACGCGAAUUCUUAUAUCUUGGAGACCUACGAGGAAUCGGCUACCAUACCUUUCAGACACCCAGACGCGUCCGUUGGUUCGGAAGAGGAUUCCACUGCUUCUGGUCAUGACGGCUCGGAGCUCAGAUCACUUCACACGGCCUCUCAUUGAAGGAACAAUUUACUUAAUGUAUUUAUAUU